AAAUGUGUAUAUAAAAUAGAUUACAUUAGGCAAGGGUGUCAUGGGAUUAGUGUGACAGUGACCUUGUUGCUAAGAGCAAAAGCAAAACAAUGACUUAAAAACAAGUACACUAGGCACUGAGUGGAGGAGAGAGAUGGAGGCAGACGCUACAGGAAAAAAGCUGAUUAAAAAGGGGCCUUUGAUUCCACAGGCACAAAAAUCCACAGCCAGGAAUUUGCUGCCACCUCUGAGUCAGGCAGGGGGUGGGGGUGCACAAUUCCAUUAGUAGAGAAAUGCCCAGUGGAUUUAGUCUGAGAGUCACAUUGCUUAUUUGGACCAGUAUAGACAGAAACAAACCCAGCUCACUUGUUUCCUGGGACAGUUGAGUUAGGGGAUGGCUUUUGCAGAGCAUUCACCGCUGACCCCUCACCGCCGGGACCUCUGUAGCCGCUCUAUCUGGCUAGCAAGGAAGAUUCGUUCAGACCUGACUGCUCUUAUGGAAGCUUAUGUGAAGCAUCAAGGUCUGAACGAGAACAUCAACCUGGACUCUGUGGAUGGUGUGCCAAUGGCAAGCACUGAUCGAUGGAGUGAGCUGACGGAGGCAGAGCGACUCCAAGAGAACCUCCGAGCUUACCGUACCUUCCAUGUUAUGUUGGCCAGGCUGUUAGAAGACCAGCGGGAACAUUUUACUCCAGCUGAAGAUGUUCAUCAAGCAAUACACACCAUUGUCCUCCAAGUCGCUGCCUUUGCUUACCAGCUGGAAGAAUUAAUGGUGCUCCUGGAGCACAAGGUCCCCCCCAGUGAGGCUGAUGGUACGCCCCUCAGCGUUGGAGGUGGUGGUCUCUUUGAGAAGAAGCUGUGGGGCCUGAAGGUGCUGCAAGAGCUUUCACAGUGGACAGUGAGGUCCAUCCGUGACCUUCGAGUCAUCUCCUCUCAUCAGGCUGGGGUCCCAGCACACGGGAGCCAUCAUGUCGCUAAGGACAAGAAAAUGUAGCAGUUACCUCCCUUCUUUCUUAGUUGCCUUCUAUUCUAAUGGAAUAGACAGUUCUCUGAGGCCUCACUUCCCAUUCUUAUUUUUGAAAAAAAGACUGCAAGCAUUUUUGUAACUAGGGUUGGAGACAUGGACAAAUGGGCAUGCAGGUUUAGUGUGAGAGUGUGUGUGCGUUGGGGCCAUGAGAGAGCGAGGGCAGGGACGCCCCCACAGUGCACUAACCUCUCCCUACCCACUAAAUACCCUUUACAGACAUUUAACAGCCGCACAGGAUAAAUAUAUUUUUAACUCUAGUUCUGGAUGACUCGUCUGAGAAGACUUAAAUAGUGAAUUAAAAAUCACAGAGUCUAGCCAGUUCAAACCCUUGGACAAUAAAAAUAGUAACUAAACAUUUA